AUGGAUGAUAUAUGGUCAAAAUCCACUGAAUUAGUUGAUAUCAAAUGGUUGCACAAUAAUCUUCUUAUAUGUUAUAUAGAGACUUUAUAUGCAAUAAUUGUAUAUACUGGUGACAAACGAGGUGCCGGUACAGAUAGUCAAGUUUAUAUAACAUUAUUUGGAAAUAAUGAAAAACGAACAGAAAAAAUUCAUUUAAAAAAUUCUAACAAUAAAGAUCCAUUUGAACGUAAUCAAGCAGAUAAAUUUUGUGUUAAAGGUGAUUAUAUUGGAGAAUUAACUAAACUUCGUAUUGAACAUGAUAAUACUGGUCGAUUAGCUGGAUGGUUUCUUGAUCAAAUUAUUGUGACAAAUCUUUCUGAUCCAGAAACAACAUAUUUUACAACAUGUAAUGAAUGGUUAGCAAAAGAUGAAGGUGAUGGACAAAUAUCUCGAGAUCUUAUAUUAAAUAAACAAUCAAGUGAAAUACAAAAAGAUAAUCAAUAUAAAAUAACAGUUUAUACUGGGAAUCAAAGAGAUGCUGGAACAGAUGUUGAUGUAUUCAUUACACUUUAUGGUAAUUUAGGUGAAACAGAUGCGAUUAAGCUAGAUAAUAAAAACAAUAAUUUUGAAGCUGGAAAAAAAGAUGAAUUUACAAUUGAAUGUCCAACUGUUGGUACAUUAAAUAAAAUUUUAAUAGCACAUAAUAAUCAAGAUUUUGCACCAAAUUGGUUUUUGGAUCGAAUAUUGAUUGAAGAUGUUAAUGCACAUCAUAUAUAUGAAUUUUUAUGUGAUAGAUGGUUAGCAAAAGAUGAAAAUGAUAAACAAACAGCUUGUUUCUUGUUUCCAAAAACAUCAAGUGAUCAUGAAAAACAACCGAUAGAAACUAUGUGUAAAGAUGAUGAUACUUCGUAUAAUAUAAAAGUUUAUACGGGUGAUAAAAUCAAUGCUGGUACAGAUUCACGAGUUUAUGUAGUUUUACGUGGAAAAAAUUCAUCGUCAAGUCAAAUAGUUUUGAGAAAUGGAAAAUUUGACAAAAAAUCUAUCGAUAAAUUUACAAUUUAUGCUUCAAAUAAUCUUAGUCCAUUAACAGCAUUGUAUAUUGGACAUGAUAAUAGUGGAUUUGCAUCUGGAUGGUAUCUCGAUAAGGUUCUUGUUGAAUGUCCAAUUACAGGUAUUCAACAAACAUUUCCCUGUAAUAAUUGGUUAGCAUAUGAUGAAAAUGAUGGACGUACUGAACGUCGAUUAAAAGAAGAUUUAUCAUUACGUAAAACUCAUCGACCAAGUGUUCCAUGGUACAUAUGGAUGUAUACAAAUGAUAAGAAAGGAGCAAGUACAAAUGUUCAAGUAAUUCUUGUUCUUUAUGGUGAUAAUGGAAAAUCACGGAAUGUUAAAUUAGAAAGAAAUUCAGAUACAUUACAACAAGGUCAAUGUGAUCAAUUUAAAGCUGAUAUAAAUGAUGUUGGUAUACCAUAUAAAUUACGUGUUAGUCUUAAUGAUAAAAAUUUAUCUACAUCAUGGCAUCUUGAUCGAAUUGAAAUGGAUAAUCUUAAAACAAAUCAAGAAUAUAUAUUUCAUUGUGGAAGAUGGUUAUCAAAAACAGAAGAUGAUAAACAAGUUAUUCGAGAAUUACCAGCUGAAGGAUCAGAAAUAUCCAAACCUUUACCUAUUGUUAAAUAUAUAGUUGAUGUAUAUACAGGAAAUAAAAUUGGUGCCGGUACCGAUGCAAAUGUCUUUAUUAAUAUUUAUGGUGAAUAUGGUGAUACAGGAGUACGUUCAUUAGAAUAUUCAUUAAAAAAUAAAAAUAAAUUUGAAAAAAAUCAAGUUGAUAGUUUUAUUAUUGAAUCUGUUUUAUUAAAACAAAUACGUAAAAUUCAAAUUGGUCAUGAUGGUACUGGAGUAGGUUCUGGAUGGUUUUUAAAUAAAGUUAUUAUUCGUCAAGAAGAUGGCUGUUAUGAACCAACAACAUUUAUUUGUGAUAGAUGGUUUGCUGUUGAUGAAGAUGAUGGACGAAUCGUUCGUGAAUUUAUAGUAACACAACAUUUAGAUAUGACAACAUAUAAUAUUAAAAUAAAAACUGGUGAUGUUUUUCAAGCUGGUACUAAUGCUGAUGUACAUUUAAAAAUAUUUGGUGAGAAAGAUACUACAGAUAAACUUCAACUUACAACAAUAAAUAAUAAUACAAAAAAUAUAUUUGAACGUGGACAAAUCGAUAAUUUUACAUUUGAAUGUUAUGAUCUUGGCAAAAUUGAACACAUACUUAUUGGACAUAAUGGAAAAAAUCUUGGUGCUGGAUGGUUUCUUGAUUGGAUUGAAAUUGAUGUACCAAGUCGUCGAGAAGUUUAUAGAUUUGCCUGUUAUCGUUGGUUAGAUAAAAAAGAAGGCGAUGGGAAAAUUGAACUUAAUUUAAUACCAUUAGACAUAUUUAAAAACACAAGUCUUAUUCCAUAUGAAAUAACAAUUUUUACUGGUGACAAAGUUGGUGCCGGUACAAAUGCGAAAAUAUUUAUUCAAAUAUUUGGUUCACAUGGUAAAACAGACGAAAUUCUUCUUAAAAAUGAAUUCGAUUCAUUUGAAAGAAAAUCAGUUGAUAAAUUUAAAAUCGAAGCUCCUAAUGUCGGACAAAUUGAAAAAAUUCGAAUUGGUCAUAAUUCAGAAAAAUUUGGUGCAGCAUGGUAUCUUGAAAAAAUACUUAUUCAACAACAUUUACAUGAACCAUUUGAUAAACAAAACGAAGUAUUAAAUCCGAAUGUUGAAGAAUAUUGGUUUGUUUGUCGAGAAUGGUUUGAUAAAGGUCAAGGUGAUAAACAAACUAUUCGAGAAUUAUUACCAACUAAUGAAAAUGAACAUAUAUUGAGCGAUCAAAAAGAAACAACUUAUCUUGUACAUGUUUUUACGGGUGAUAAAAGUGGUGCUGGUACAGAUGCAAAUGUUUUUAUAACAAUCUAUGGUCAAUAUGAAGAUUCAGGUGAACAUCAAUUAACAACAUCAAAAACAAAUAUCAAUAAAUUUGAACGAAAACAAGAAGAUAUUUUUGAAGUCAAAGCUCCAACAUUGGGAAAAUUGACAAAAAUUAAAAUUCGACAUGAUAAUACAGGAAUAUCUUCUGCAUGGUAUCUUGAUCGAAUUGAAAUUGUUGAUCCUGAAACUGUCAUUAAAUAUCAUUUUAUAUGCGAAAAAUGGUUAGCUGUCGAUACAGAUGAUAGAAUGAUAUCAUUCGAAAUUCUUGCUCUUGAAAAUAAAGUAAUUUCUGAAUCAAUUGGACAUCAAACUACAACUUAUCGAAUUAAUGUAAUUACUUCGAAUAAAUUUGGUAGUGGUACAGAUGCUAAUGUUUAUAUAAUUAUAUUUGGUGAACAUGAGAAUACAGGCAAAAUUCCAUUAGUUAAAUCAAAAACAAAUAAAGAUCCAUUUGAAAAAUGUCAUAGAGAUCUCUUUGAAAUUGAAGCUAUAGAUAUUGGUCAACCAGAAAAGAUUAAAAUUGGUCAUGAUAAUUCAGGUUUUGGAUCAGAUUGGUUAUUAGAAUGUGUAGAAAUUAAUGUACUAAAAUUAGAUCAUACAUGGAUAUUUCCAUGUGGAAAAUGGUUACAUAAAACAAAAGAUGUUACUCAAUUAGAACUUGAAUUAUAUCCAAAAGAAAUAUCAACUGGAAUCUAUUCAUCAUAUGUUCCAUAUCAAAUAAAAAUUUGUACAUCAAAUAUUUUUGGUGCAGGAACAGAUGCUAAUAUUUAUAUUCAAAUCUAUGGUCUUCAAAAAUCAACUGAUCAAGUUAUGUUAUGUAGUAAAAUAGAUCGACAUGGAAAAUUUCAAAGAGGUUCUACAGAUAUUUUUAUACUUGAACUUGACGAUGUUGGAGAUUUUAUGGAAAAAAUUCGUAUUGGACAUGAUAAUAGUGGUUUUGGUCCAGCAUGGCAUUUAAAUCAUGUUGAAAUUCGUCGAUUAAUUAAAGGUGAAAAAACAAAUACAUAUGUAUUUCAAUGUAACCGUUGGUUUGCUAAAACUGAAGAUGAUGGAUCUAUUGUGCGUGAACUUUUUCCAGAAAAACUUAUUAAAGAAAAGCUUAAUAAGAAAUAA